AUGUCUACACAGUCGCUGAUGACAGCUGAUAUGGAGAUUGAAAUAAACAAAAAAGAACAGUGUGUUUCCAAGGCCAAUGUCAGAAUAAUUCUGACAGAAAAUCUGUUGAAAGCAAAAGUGGUGGGCAGGGGAACUGCCCUUGGAGGCUGGGACACCCAGUGUGGCAUUAACAUGCCAAGGACAACCAACAUGGGUGUCCCGUCUCUAAGGGCAGAGUUUCUCCUGCCAAAGGAGUUAAAUUACUUGUACGAACCUGAAGUCCACACCAGUGGUGAUACCAAAGAAGAGAACAAUGUAGCAAAUGUUAAGACCCUAAGUAUUGAGAAGCUAGUCGAUACCAAAAACACAGAUGCUGAAGGCAUCAAAGAAAAAGUCAAUAUCAAAGACACGGCAACCUUGACAGAGGACGUGAAGGAGAGAGAUAAUUUCACUUAUUUUACAGUAAGCCCCACGGGACAGUGCCCAUUCCUGGAGGUGGACGGGAAGAAGAUUGGUCAGAGUUUGGCUAUUGCGCGUCUUGUGGCACGAGAACAAGGUCUUUAUGGUGAAAGUAACAUGGACGGUGCCAUGAUAGACCAGGUCCUUUACACUUUAGACGAUUUGACCAAGCCACUUAUCGACUGGCAUUUUGAGAAAGAUGAAGCAAAGAAGGCAGAGAAAGAAAAGAAGCUAGCUGAGGAAACACUGCCUGAAUCCAUGCAACGCCUUGAUAAACUUUUAAAAGGCAAUGGCGGCAAAGGAUACUUUGCAGGAAACAAGCUCUCCAUUGCGGACCUAGCAGUCUUCAAUCAAUGUUCAGAGCUGGUGGUAAAGUUUCCCAAGUGCAUGGACAAAUGCAAAGAAUUGCCAGCAUUCAUUGACCGCAUUAAAGCUCUACCAAAGAUAGCUGAUUGGUUAGCAAAGAGACCGCAGACAGAUUUUUGAAUUCCGUUUUAAUGAACUGCAUUGUCACUUGUAACCUAUAUUUUGGCAAAUUAUAACCAAAACAGGGACAACUGUUGAUACCGAUUUUCUUUUUUACUAUUUUCAAA